AGAUUACUAUCGUCUUCGACCUUUACUUGAGUAUCCGGGAACUGACGUCUUUCUGAUAUGUUUUUCGGUGGAGCGCCAGUCUUCCUUUGAAAGCAUUGAGUCAAGUUGGCUGCCAGAGAUCCGUCACCACAUGCCCACAACUCCCAUCAUUCUUGUGGCCACAAAGAUAGAUCUUCGCGGGAGUCCUCUGCACAGGUGUGUCACUUUUGACGAAGGCUUGAAAAUGGCUCAGAAACAUAACUUGCCAUACAUUGAGACAAGUGCACUCCUUCAUGCCAGCAGGGUAAAGUGCCAAGGACAAGCUCCAGCUGCUUGCAGUGGAUUGCCUACUCUGGAAGUAGAUGUUUUCCACCUUUAUUUCUCCGUUCAGAGCAGGACUUCCCUGGCGAAUGUUGAAACGAGAUGGGUUCCAGAGAUCCGCCAUGCCAUGCCUGACAUUCCAAUCCUCCUGGUUGCAACAAACAUAGAUCCUCCUUGGAGUCCCGAUUGCACCCGUGUGGUUACAUAUGAGGAGGGCUUGAAGAUGGCUCAGAAACUCAACUUGGAAUACACUGAGAUGACUGGACAGCUGAACUCAAACCUGAAAGAAUGUUUCCAGAAAGCAGUUUACAUUGCUGAUAAAGGAAGGACACCGAAUAUGCCAAAGAAGAAGAAAGGUUUCUUUGGUUUCAGGGGGAGAAAGCCCAAGCCCCGCCCACCUGAACCUGAAGUACCCCCAGUAGAUGAAGCCCCUCGGAUUGAAAUCCAAACCUCAACCAUCGCAGACAACUUUGGCAAGGCGUUGGAGCAGUCAUCAGCUUUCUCUGACGUCGUCUUCAUCGUUGAAGGGAAGAGCAUCUUGGCCCACAAAGUGGUGCUGUGUAGUGCCUCCAACUUCUUCUGUCAUGUGUUUGGCCUGGAUCUACCUCAGGAUACAGCCAGCCAUCCCUCAGUCAUGAACUUUACCUGGGAGGAUAUCAACCAGGGCAAGAUCACUGGUUUAGCUGGUAUCCGUGAUGAAGUGACCCCAGACAGCAGCCUGCUUGAGACAGCAAAAACCAAGGUGACGAUCAGUGCAGACAUCACUUACAAGACCUUUCGUCAAGUUUUGGAGUUUCUGUACUCAGGCCUUCCUAGCCUCACAGACGAGACCACCACAGAGGACCUUGUGGCUUUACAGAAAGCAUCCAAUACAUUCUCCUUACCUAUGCUGGACAGCAUCGUCAAGAACCUACAGAAUGAUGGAAAGUUCCUGAAUCCUAGCAUUGGAACCUACCUGAAUGACCAGACAGGACAGAGGACCAAGUGGUUGUUCCUGAACAAACAGACACUGUCUGAUAUCCGAUUCAAAGUUGAAGACACAACAGUCUAUGCUCACAAGGUGAUGCUGACAUCUCGCUGUGAGGUCAUGAAUGGAAUGUUCACUGGAGACUUCACUGAAAGCAGCCAAGAUGAGAUAAGAAUUGAAGACGUGAGUCUGGAGUGUUUCUUGGCCCUCCUGGAGUACCUGUACACUGACCACGCCCCUAUAGAGGAGGGUGAUGCCGUGGGGAUCCUUGUAGCAGCUGAUCGGUAUGGCCAAGAUCGACUGAGAAAUCUCUGUGAGCUGUACAUCACCAAGGGGGUAGAUGUGACAGAGGAACAUGUGGAUGUCAUUGGACUGUUGCAUACAGCCCAGAUGUGCAAUGCCAGCCAGCUUGCCCAGUGGUGCCUUGAUCUCAUUUCCCGUAACUUUGUGGCCUUCCAGCAGCGGGCGGAGUUUAAGAAGCUGGAGGGGGAGAACCUGAAAUAUGUCACUGAGAACCGCUGGCCUCCUGCGAGCUACCUGAAAAAGGUGGAAAAAUACAAGGCUCAGUGGGGGAAGAAAGGGGACAAAGUAUAGCAAGGGGGAAAAAUGCUUAAUUUGUUUGAAGCACAGUCGAGAGAAGGGUGCGAAAAAAUCUUCAUACAUGAUAAAUUUAGCCUAAAUUGCAUUAAAGCCACUUUUAUGGUUUAAAAUCCCUGAAUAUUUAAGAGUUAUAUAUACAUAUACUUUUUACACCUUUUAUGCAUGUGUAAUUCUUUAAUUAAACAAAAACUUUGCGUUUUUUUAUCAGUUAAAUCUAGAAAACUGAAGUUUUUAAAUGAUCAGCUUCUUUUGCUAUAAGUUGUUUUUUAAAAAUUCAUGACAAUGUGGAAAGCAAAAUAUGAAUACAGUAAGUGUCAAUGUACAACACUACUCAAAAAAACUUAUGGACCACUUUUUAUUUUGUGUAUAGUUUUACUGCCGAAAAUACCCCAAUACAACUGUCCUGAAUGACCUCAAACACACCGCAGCCAAUUUCACAUGUGGUGGGUUUCAGUUGUUGCAUAAUGUCUCUUGCAUCACUGCACAUCCUGAAAUUACAAGUGAAGAAAAACGUAGUCCAUACCUUUUUUCGUAGAAAUUAUUCAUUGCCCUAGGAAUUCUCCUGGACGUCGAAAAACAAUUAAAGUUUGCAUUUAUGUAGUUUGUGGUGACAUAUCACUGUAUUAAAUCGGGCCACCUUAUUUUGAAAGUUCUAAACAUUCAAGGACCGAGAUUCAGCGAACUGUUCCCAGCAUGGCAUGUAUACAUCGCCCUAAGUUAAAUCCCUGACUGCUAUUCAUAUAGGAAGGAGUUCCAUUUACGGAUAACACUUGAGGCCCUGUGCACAAACCUAUGAGCUCUGUCUGAAAAAAAAAACAGAUUUAAUGCUUUAAUUUACAGAAGUAAAUGCUUCGGAAUUUUCUGAGCUAAAUUUCACUUUUUAGGACGUUAUUAUUCUCUGACGGCUGUUGCUACAUUUUAAGGGGCAAUUUGUGUUGUCCGUAUAUGGAACUCUUUCUAUCAUGUAUCUCUGUAAAUUGAAUACCAAAGCGAAGGCGAGAAAACAAGCCGUAAAAUAAAUGAGACAAACUGCGCUUU